GCACUACAUUCAGUGCGCUGCUGCCUCUCAGCGUACAGAGCAGCACCCAGUGGACCAGCCUGUCUGUACAAUUAAUGUCUUUUCUUUCAUACUAACGCGUACUUAUUCUUGCUACAACAAUAGUUAUUUCUGGAUUCUUCUGACCGCUUUAGGAAGCCCAAGAGGAACCGAGGACGCGUGAGACUUCAGAGUUUGAACAAACAAUCCUCUUUGGUCUGCUUCCAUUCUGCUUGUGUUAACAUUAGCUAUUCGCCAGGAGAGUUAUAUUUCUGCGGAUCCGAGGAAAGAUGAGCUUUCUUUUUGGAAACCGUUCAUCCAAGACGUUCAAGCCCAAGAAGAAUAUCCCGGAGGGUUCUCAUCAGUACGAGCUGUUGAAACAUGCAGAGGCUACGCUAGGAAGUGGGAACCUCCGCAUGGCCGUCAUGUUGCCUGAAGGGGAAGACUUGAAUGAGUGGGUCGCAGUCAACACUGUGGAUUUCUUCAACCAGAUCAACAUGCUGUAUGGCACCAUCACAGAUUUUUGUACAGAGGAAAGCUGUCCGGUCAUGUCUGCUGGUCCUAAGUAUGAGUACCAUUGGGCUGAUGGAACCAACAUCAAGAAGCCCAUCAAAUGCUCUGCUCCCAAGUAUAUUGAUUACCUCAUGACCUGGGUGCAAGACCAGCUUGAUGAUGAGACACUUUUCCCUUCAAAGAUUGGUGUCCCCUUUAAGCGAAACUUUAUGUCAGUGGCCAAGACCAUUCUGAAGCGCCUGUUCAGGGUCUAUGCUCACAUUUACCACCAGCACUUUGACUCUGUCAUGCAGCUGCAAGAAGAAGCCCACCUUAACACGUCGUUCAAACACUUCAUCUUUUUUGUUCAGGAGUUCAACCUCAUUGACAGGAAAGAGCUGGUCCCACUUCAGGAGCUGAUUGAAAAACUGACAACCAAGGAUAGAUAAACAGCGAUGUAAUCCUUAUUUUAUUGGUCUUCUAGUUUGCACAGAUACCCACCCCACCCUGGCUGUAUGUAUGCAGUAUAUACUAUAUUUCCAUUUGGGGAAAUGUUUUUAAUAAGGCCAGGAAGAAGGAAGGGUCGUGAUAGGUUUAAGGCACCAGGACUAAUGCAAUCAGGGAUUUCACAUUUAAUUGAACAAACCACAGAAUAACAUAUUGGAGAAAAUGGUUUUCGCUGUAUGGAAAGAUCCCCAGUGUUAGGUCACAGGCGUACAUUUAGGAUAAUAUAGACAUAUGUUCAUUAGUUUAUAUUAUACUGCACAGAUUUGUGUUUGUUUUUUUUCCUCACUUGGAUUUAUGGCAACACGAGGCAUUUUCAUGCUCUUAGAUUUUCCAACUCACCUGCAGGGAAGAAUAGUGAGUGAGCAAAGUUACUGUAUCAUAAUAGGGGGGGGUUUGUUGGCGUUACGGCAAGAAUUUAAGCCAGUUUAGCAGCAGAAGCUAGUUAUUUUAUUAAUUAAUUUACAUAGAAGGAUCUGGGUUGCAGUCUACUACUGUUCACAGCUGUAAUAGCCCACAUCUGUCAAUACAAAAGAACCCUAAGUGCCUAGCAUGGCUCAUAAUUGCCCUAUGUCAACAGUGGGAACUGGAAGAAGAUAAAGGCCAUAUACCACUGAUUUGAUUGACAAAACACAAGCUUUUCCUCCACACCUCCCUUUAAGUUUAUGUGGUUCUUAAUUCCCUCUUACACCCAUUUUUGAUUUGUACUGUAACUUGGUUCAAACUGCAUUUUCUCUGUAAAACCAUACUCCUCAACCUUAUCCUUAUUGAGUUAGAAACUUCUCUUUAGCGAGUGUUCUGUGCAGGUCAUGAUAAAUGAAUGUGUUGAAGGACAUUGACGUGAGGCUAGAAAUAUUGUCAAGUUAAAGCAAGGACUAAAAAUUAACCAAACUUUUAGCGUUUUCUAGUGCCAUGUUCCUGUGUACUAGUUUUUCCCCCUCAAAAAAAACUUGAAGUAGAAAACAAAUUUUAGGAAAAGUCUUCAAGGGAUCUAAAACUUUAAGGUGUAUAUAAAUGUCCCCAAAUAGAAGUAGAGACCUGUACUUAAAGUCACAACCUCCACUGCUUAAGAAUACAAGCGUUUAGCAUUGGAUUAUGCUGCAUCCCUUGUUAUCUCACUAGCCAUAAAGCACUUUGAACAAUUUCCCUGACCUCUCUCGCCUGAAUGUUUUAUUCUGCAUAGACUGUGCUUUGUGAGAAGCCGUAUCAUGUGACUGAUCAUAGUCCGUUUCCUCCCUCAUGUUUCCCCAAAUGAAUGUUGAAUUGCUUAACCUCGGCUUAAAUUGGCUACAAGGCACAAGUGAGAUUUCUUAAUGCUUUUAUAUGGUCUGAGAUGUUUGUUGCUGUGCUUCAAACAGCAGAUGCAUGUGCCCUUCCCAAACUCAGUGUAGUUUACUAUGCAAUAAUUGACACAACACUAAAAGGGUUACCAGUUGGCUCAUUCAUACUUUAUCUAAUAUUCCUUUUCCUUUUUAGUGCUUAAAUUCUGGUGUGUGAUAGAAAUAUAAUUGCUUCUCUUUCAGGUUUGGUUUCAAAAAACGGUGAACGUGAACAUUUUAUAUAUCUUCUUAUUUGAAAUUAGUCAGAGGUGUAAUACUUCAAUGCACACAUGUAAAUACUGAGGGUUAGACCUGUCUUAAAAAUAAUUUUCAGCGAGCAUGGAGUGGUAGCUUUUGGUUUAAAGAAUGCGUUGAGUCUUUUUAGAGGCUGCUUCCCCUCCCUCUUUUGGAUAUUAAAAUAUUGUUUGUUUUAAUUGUUGAGUAUCUUUUUCCCCCACUUCCUUAGCUAGCUAUUAUGAAUGUUACUGCUCACCAGAUAUCUAAAAAUGUAAUAGAAAAUCAGUCAUCCUGAAAGCAUCUCAUAGUUAUGAAAUGCCCAUAACAUAGCCUGUUGCCUACAGUUUUUCCUCCUUGACUGUAAUAAUUGAAAUGUUUGUAAAUAAUGGCUUGGUAGGGGUUUUACAUGCUACUGAAUUGAUUUAUGCUGUUUACAAGGCAAAUAAAGGUGGUCUUGACUCUU